UGGUGAAGGGUGAGAGAUAAUCCUUUGCAAAAAAACACAGACGCGCACCAUCGCUGGAUCUGGAUGCGGGCAUCCUUUGGAUUUUGCGCGUAACAACACGGACCUUCAUCGCCUGCCUGACUUAACCGGGAGCGCAAUGGUGGCUGAAUGCGCGGCUGCUGGUGGUUUAGGGGACCGAGGAGCGUGCUCGGUUUGACAUUCACUUACACGCUGGUGUGGAGUUUUUUUUUUAUUUUUAUUGUUCUGGUCCCGUAGACGCAGAAGCGCAGCAGUGAUUUUGUGUUGAAGAUGUUGAGCCGAUUCAUGAGUGGCAGCCUCAGGAAUCUGGAGCGGGAAUACAGCUGCAAAGUCAGGCUGCUGGACGACACGGAAUAUACGUGCACCAUUCAGCGGGAUGCAAAAGGACAGUAUCUGUUUGACCUUAUAUGCCACCACUUGAAUCUACUGGAGAAAGAUUACUUUGGCAUCAGAUAUGUGGAUCCUGACAAGCAACGGCACUGGUUGGAGUUUACCAAGUCAAUUUCAAAGCAGAUGAAAUCUCAGCCUCCAUUCACCAUGUGUCUGAGAGUCAAGUUCUACCCGCCUGAUCCCUCUGCUCUCAAGGAGGAAAUUACCCGAUAUCUGGUCUUCCUGCAACUGAAGAGAGACCUCUACCACGGCCGUCUUCUGUGCAAAACCUCAGAUGCAGCCAUGCUGGCUGCCUACAUCCUUCAAGCUGAGAUUGGUGAUUACGACCCUGGGAAACAUCCUGAAGGUUACAGCUCCAAAUUCCAGUUCUUUCCCAAGCACUCGGAGAAGCUAGAGCGCAGAAUCGCUGAGAUACACAAAACUGAGCUAAUAGGACAGACUCCUGAAACAUCAGAGAGAAAUUUCCUGCAGAAAGCCCAAAUGCUGGAGACAUAUGGCAUUGAUCCACAUCCGUGUAAGGAUGUGGCGGGGAGCCCUGCUUUUCUCGCUUUCACACCAUUUGGCUUUGUGGUUCUGCAGGGAAACAGGAGAGUUCAUUUUCUUAAAUGGAACGAAGUAACGAAGCUCAAGUUUGAAGCCAAGACUUUCCACAUAUAUGCAAAUCAAAAAGAGGACAGAAAAAUAAUUUUAACAUACUUUGCGCCCACGCCAGAGGCAUGCAAGCACCUUUGGAAGUGUGGUGUGGAGAAUCAAGCAUUUUACAAGCUUGAAAAGUCCAGUCAAGUACGUACAGUCUCCAGCAGCAACUUGUUCUUCAAGGGCAGCCGGUUCCGCUACAGUGGAAGAGUGGCGAAAGAGGUGAUGGAGCAAAGUGCCAGAAUCAAACGGGAACCUCCUGAAAUACACAGGGCUGGCCUUGUGCCCAGUAGAAGUUGUCCAUCCAUCACCCACGGGCCUCGCCUCAGCAGUGUUCCCCGCACGCGUCGGAGAGCUGUGCACAUAUCAAUCAUGGAGGGUCUGGAGUCUUUGCGUGACAGUGCCCACUCUACACCGGUGCGCUCUGUGUCCCACGGAGAGUCUUUCAUCACCCGGUCCCGCAGCCACGCUGCAGAUUCCAGCGAGGGGAUGGCAGUCAUCUCAGACGAUGCCUACAGUCCCUCUGACAGCAUCCUUCCCACCCCGGUGACUGAGCACAGCACAGACACAGCCUCCUCACGCCAAAUCAACGGUGCACCCUGCAGCAUCGAGGAGGAAAAGGAGUCGGAGGCAGGCACCCCGAUGCGUGGGGAAGGGGGGGAAUUUGGUCUGGACAGUAGAGCUGCGAAAGAAGGUGCAGGGGAAGACUCGGCACUGAGCGAGGUCGAACAGGUGAAUAAGUUUGUUCUAAGUGUCCUCCGCUUGCUUCUGGUCACCAUCGGACUCCUUUUUGUCUUGCUCCUCCUCCUCAUCAUCCUCACCGAGUCUGACCUUGACAUCGCGUUUUUAAGCGACAUCCGUCAGACCCCCGAGUUUGAACAGUUCCAUUACGAGUACUUUUGUCCUCUCAGGCGGUGGUUCGCCUGCAAGCUCCGCUGGGUGGGCGGGUUGCUCAUUAACAACUGAGGAAGCGGUGGUAACUUCAAAAAAACCCAUUCAGGGGGCGUGAGAAGAUUGUUGGGAGUCUGGAGUGAUGAAGGACAAUCUGAUUUAAACCAAGAACAAGCAUCUUUCCACUUCCUCCUGCAUUAAAACAAGUCAGACUUGCCCUCCUAACGCUACGCCAGGAUCUCUCUCCCCCCACCUUAACUCCCCAUCCUGCUACAAUUUUAUUUAUCAAAGCCUGAAGACUGUUUGUUUGUUUGUUUGAAAUUUUAAAGUCAUUUCAGGAACUUUAUUUUUACAAAUAACAUAAAAUUUUGAAAAAAACAAAAUCAUCAACUGCAGAACCAGAAGCGGAUUUUUCCGUAUAAUGGAACAUGCUGGUUUCUUUAGGAGUUUAAGGUUUUACUUUAAUUCAAUAUUUCUAAGAAACACACAAAGGCCUAAAUUUUCUGGUUUGAAUUAAUUUUUAUGUGAUCAGAAAAAAAACAAAAAAGUUAAACCAUGAAAAAUCAUUUCAAGACUUUUUCCAUAUGUAUUGUGAUUUAUAUCCUGUAUUCCUCAACUGACAAGUGAGCAAAUCUGUAAGGGACAAAAAUUUGAAAAGGUACAAUUAACUUUCUGCAAAAGUGUGCCCACUUUUAAACUAUUUAUUUGUUCAAGCAACUUUAGUCUUAGUUUCAGCACAAAGAAAAUAAAACGACAUGCAUCAGCAAUGAAUUAAAUGGUAAUUAUUAGGAAGGCUGGCGGUAACUCCGAAGAAACUGCAGUAGUUCUGUAUAGAUUCCGAUUAUAACAAAUUGAUUGUCAAUACUUUUACAUUUUAAAAGACAUUUGCCUCAAAAAACAAAACAAAAACAUCCCUAUGCAUUUCUGAAAGAGAAUCCUACCAGCAGUUAUACAGGAUGGCAGCAGCAUCAUGGUCUGUGGUUGCUUUUCUUCAUGGGGAACUUGGGUUUUGGAAGCAUUUCCAAAUAAUUAAAUUUUUCCUUCAAAACCUUCAGGCAUCUGCUAGAAACUUACAGGCGGAA